CGGCCGGGUUGGGCGACAAAUAGGCUGUGGCUAGGGAGGAGGGGGAGAGGGCAUUUGCUCCUUCGGGACUUCUCACGCCUCCUAAUUCCGUUGGGUGUGGUUUGGUCCGCACACAGGGUCCCGCAAGCCAGCUUAAGCCCACUCCCUUGUGAAAGGGGAAAGUAGCUCCCGCGGAAAGCAGUUAAAGUUGAGGGGAGUGUGAGAGACGGAGUUCUCCCCCAUGCUAGCCGAAUGGUGCGGCCCUGAGGUGGUCCUGGAGCCGGCCCGACGUGUCUGAGAGAGGCCCCAGGGGGGCGGGGAGGUGGCCCGCGGAACGCGGGUUCUGUGAGGAGACGUGGGGAAGAUUCGACUCUGAGAAGAGGAAGAGCCGGAUUGAAAGGGAGCGAGGCCGCUGAGGGGGAGGGGGCUGCCAAGAUGGCGUCGGCCUCCUCUGGGCCGUCGGCGGUCGGGGUUUCAUCCGUGGAUCCCGGGGUCUCUUCCGGUGCCUCGUCCUCAGUGGAAGCUAUAGCCUGUGAACUGAACAACAGAGAUAACACCAGACCAAAGAAAGAACUGGGUUUCAACUUUCUGUGCUGUGGGGUCAACCGUAAGAGAGCAUCUGGAAUCAAGAGACCCAUGGCACCUGAGGUGCCUUGUUCCUCUGGCAUGCCCAUCAAGAAAAUAGGCCACCGAAGUGUUGAUUCCUCAGGAGAGACAACAUAUAAAAAGACAACCUCAUCAGCCUUGAAAGGUGCCAUCCAGUUAGGCAUUACUCACACUGUGGGGAGUCUGAGUACCAAACCAGAGCGAGAUGUCCUCAUGCAAGACUUCUACGUGGUGGAGAGUAUCUUCUUCCCCAGUGAAGGGAGCAACCUGACUCCUGCUCAUCACUACAAUGACUUUCGGUUCAAGACCUAUGCACCUGUUGCCUUCCGCUACUUUCGCGAGUUAUUUGGUAUCCGGCCUGAUGAUUACUUGUACUCCCUCUGCAGUGAGCCACUGAUUGAACUCUGCAGCUCCGGGGCUAGUGGCUCCCUCUUCUAUGUGUCCAGCGACGACGAAUUCAUCAUUAAAACAGUUCAACAUAAAGAGGCGGAGUUUCUGCAGAAGCUGCUGCCAGGAUAUUACAUGAACCUCAACCAGAACCCUCGGACUUUGCUGCCUAAAUUCUAUGGACUGUACUGUGUGCAGGCAGGUGGUAAGAACAUUCGAAUUGUGGUGAUGAACAAUCUCUUACCACGGUCUGUCAAGAUGCAUAUCAAAUAUGACCUCAAGGGCUCAACCUACAAACGGCGGGCUUCCCAAAAAGAGCGAGAGAAGCCUCUCCCCACCUUUAAAGACCUGGACUUCUUACAAGACAUCUCCGAUGGUCUCUUUUUGGAUGCCGACAUGUACAAUGCUCUGUGUAAGACCCUGCAGCGCGACUGUUUGGUACUGCAGAGCUUCAAGAUCAUGGACUAUAGCCUCUUGAUGUCAAUCCAUAACAUAGAUUAUGCACAACGAGAGCCCUUAGGCAAUGAAGCACAACACUCAGUUGACACUCGCAGACCAGCCCCCCAAAAGGCUCUCUAUUCCACUGCCAUGGAAUCUAUCCAGGGCGAGGCUCGGCGAGGUGGCACUAUGGAGACUGAUGACUAUAUGGGUGGCAUCCCUGCCCGGAACAGUAAAGGGGAAAGGCUGCUGCUUUAUAUUGGGAUCAUUGACAUUCUACAGUCUUACAGGUUUAUUAAGAAGUUGGAGCACUCUUGGAAAGCUCUGGUACAUGAUGGGGACACUGUAUCGGUGCAUCGCCCAGGCUUCUAUGCUGAACGAUUCCAGCGCUUCAUGUGCAACACAGUGUUCAAGAAGAUCCCCUUGAAGCCUUCUCCUUCCAAAAAGUUUCGGUCUGGAUCGUCUUUUUCUCGGCGAUCAGGCCCCAGCAGCAACUCCUGCGUUACUUACCAGCCAUCGGUCUCUGGGGAACACAAGGCACAAGUGACAACAAAGGCGGAAGUGGAGCCAGGCGUCCACUUCGGUCGUCCUGAUGUUUUACCUCAGACUCCACCUUUGGAGAAAAUGAGUGAGGUCUCGACUAUUCCUGACCCCUAUCUCUCACCUGUAGUUGGAGAGACUUUGCAAAUGCUAACUACAAGUGUGGACAACAGUGAGUAUAUGCGGAAUGGGGACUUCUUACCCACCAGGCUGCAGGCCCAACAGGACGCCGUUAACAUAGUAUGUCACUCCAAAACCCGCAGCAACCCUGAGAACAACGUGGGCCUCAUCACCUUGGCCAAUGAUUGUGAAGUGCUGACCACACUUACCCCUGAUACCGGCCGCAUCCUGUCCAAGCUCCACACUGUCCAACCCAAGGGCAAGAUCACCUUUUGCACUGGCAUCCGUGUGGCACAUCUGGCUCUGAAGCACCGACAAGGCAAGAAUCACAAGAUGCGCAUCAUUGCCUUUGUGGGAAGCCCGGUAGAGGACAAUGAGAAGGAUCUGGUGAAACUGGCUAAACGCCUCAAGAAGGAGAAAGUAAAUGUUGACAUUAUCAAUUUUGGGGAAGAGGAGGUGAACACAGAAAAGCUGACAGCCUUUGUCAACACAUUGAAUGGCAAAGAUGGAACCGGUUCUCAUCUGGUGACAGUGCCUCCAGGGCCCAGUUUGGCUGAUGCCCUCAUCAGUUCUCCGAUUCUGGCUGGUGAAGGCGGUGCCAUGCUGGGUCUUGGUGCCAGUGACUUUGAAUUUGGAGUGGAUCCCAGUGCCGAUCCUGAGCUAGCCCUGGCCCUUCGUGUUUCUAUGGAAGAGCAGCGACAGCGGCAGGAGGAGGAAGCACGGCGGGCAGCUGCAGCCUCUGCUGCUGAGGCUGGGAUUGCUACGACUGGGACUGAAGACUCAGACGAUGCCCUGCUUAAGAUGACCAUCAGCCAGCAGGAGUUCAGCCGCACUGGGCUCCCUGACCUAAGCAGUAUGACUGAAGAAGAGCAGAUCGCUUAUGCCAUGCAGAUGUCCCUGCAGGGCACAGAGUUCGGCCAGGCGGAAUCAGCUGACAUUGAUGCUAGUUCAGCCAUGGACACAUCUGAGCCUGCUAAGGAGGAGGAUGAUUAUGACGUGAUGCAGGAUCCUGAGUUCCUUCAGAGUGUCCUGGAGAACCUUCCAGGCGUGGAUCCCAACAACGAGGCCAUUCGAAAUGCCAUGGGCUCCCUGGCUUCCCAGGCCACCAAGGAUAACAAGAAAGACAAGAAGGAGGAGGACAAGAAGUGAGACUGGAGGGAAAGGGUGGCUGAGCCUGCUCAUGGUGCUGCAUAGGCCGGGGUGGGACAUGCAGUUAGAUAUGUUAACUGGAACCAUUACAACCUAAAUAAAGCUUGGCAACUUUUUUUUC